UUUCCUAUUUUUAAUUCUAAAGAAUUUUUAUUUUUUAAACAGAAAAAUGUUAUCAAAUCAUUCUACUCAACAAACUGAAGUUAAAUUAUUAAAAGACGAAAAGUGGAAGGUUAUACAGCAAAAUACUUUUACAAGAUGGGUUAAUAAACAAUUGAAGCAUUCUGCUAACUCUCCACAACUUGAAAAUUUGGCGACAGAUUUCGCUGAUGGCAUUUUUCUCAUCAAACUCGCUGAAGUUCUCUCUGGCAAGGGCUUGCCACGCUUCAACAAGAAGCCAAUUAUGCGCACUCAGAAAUUGGAUAAUGUUUCGCUUGUUUUAAAUUUCUUUCAAAAUCAGGAAAAUAUCAAAAUUGUGAAUAUUGACAGUUCACACAUUGUUGAUCACAAUUUGAAACUUAUUCUUGGACUUGUUUGGACUUUAAUUUUGCAUUAUUCUCUUUCACAUCAACAUUUUACUCCCGCGGACACAUCAACAUCUCCAACAACAAUAACUAAUGGAAGUGAUAAAAAAGAGACUCCAAAACAGCGUCUACUUGCUUGGAUUCAAGGCAAAAUACCUGGGAGACGCGUUGCAAAUUUUACGUCAACGUGGAAUGAUGGAAUCACGUUGGGAGCGUUGGUGGAUGCUUGUACAAACGGAAGUCUUAAUGACUGGAUAAACUGGGAGUCAAGUAACUCGUUGGAGAAUACACAGAAAGCCAUGCAAGCUGCCGAGAGAUUGUUGGGGGUUGAAAAGCUUUUAACCCCAGAGGAGUUGUCAAAUCCAGCAGUCGAUGAAAAAAGUGUAAUGACUUAUUUGGCACAAUUUCCGAAAGCACAGCCUUUAAAGCAGCAACAAAAAUCGUCGUCUUUGUCUAUUUCUGGAAUUGAUCGUCACCAUAUUGUUGGAAUCCCCAGCAACUUUUUUGUUGAAAUUGAAAGAAUUGAAGACGAAAUUGAUGUGGAUAUAACCGAUUAUGAAGGAAAUCGAAUUGAAGUAGAAAUUGCUACUGAUGAAAAUGAUGAUGGAGAAUUUAAAUAUAAAAUUAGUUUUGUUCCGAAAAAUGUUGGAGAACAUAAGAUAAAUUUAUAUUCAAAAGAUUCAAACCAACCAUCAUCACCAUUUUUAGUUGAACAACUUUUAAUAAAAACAAAUCCUUCAAUUAAAGUUGUAGGGCUUGGAGAUACUGCAAAUAUUGGUGAAAAACGUCGAUUUAAAAUUGAGAAUGUGAUUGACUACAAUAGAUUAGAUGUUGCUGUUAUUAAUCCUGAUGGAAUGGAAUGUGUUUUGGAUGCUGGGUCUGAACGUGAUGGGCAAACAGUUACUUGUUGUUAUACUCCAAGAAUUGGGGGAAUUCACACCAUCAAUGUUCUCUUCAAUAAGCAACAUAUCCCAAAUAGCCCAUUUAUUUUGGACGUUUAUGAUCACGAAGAAGAAGAAGAAAUGCUACAAGAAGAAACAUUACACGAAGAAAUUCCAAAAUCUCCUCUUUUAACUAAUAAAUUCGAAAAUGUUGUUGUAUGGGGACGUGGACUUUUGUCUGUUGGGACGAGCGCUAAUGAAGAGCUUUGUGUAUAUGUGGAUAAUUGUGAGGAUGAGGUUAUUGUUAGUGUUAAAAAAGGUGACUUGCUCAUCCUAGUUUCUCGUCAAGAUUUUGAACAGAGACCGUCAGCAGCAUCACAACCUUUUACUGCUAUACACCCGCGACAAUCUUUCGUCUUUACUCCACGUACAAGUGGGAAGUACGAGGUUUCUGUGAAAAGCGCUGCAAGCAGUACACAUUUGGGAAGCAGUCCUUAUAAGAUUGUGGUUGGCCCAAAAAAUAUCUCCAGCAUUCGAGCUGUCGGCCCUGGAUUGGAAGGAGGUGUAGCUGAGGAAAGGGCUGUCUUUUAUGUCGACACACAUGGAAGAGCUAAUUAUUUAGAAUUUUCAAUCGAAGGACCCAGCAAAACGGAGAUUAUUUGCUCUGACAAUGGAGAAGGAACGGCAAUGGUUGAAUACACACCUCAUGUUCCGGGUCGUUACACAAUCAACAUCACCGAGCUUGACACCAAUUCCCAUAUAAAAGAUUCGCCUUUUGUUCUUUGGAUUGAACCAGCAAAUUUACUUCCUUUCAAAAACAUUGCUCACCCAAUUCGAAUCCCAUCAUUUGAAAACAACGAAGGACAAGUUGGCAACCAAUUUAAUUUUAAAAUUCCAAAAGAAAUUGAAGCUGAAACAUUCUACGUUGAAAUCUACGACCCAAAUUUACAAAAAGUCGAUUUUGAUUGUGAAAAUAAACUUGAAGGAAAUUUUUACAGUUUUAUGCCGCAAAAGGAAGGAAAGUACUUGAUUAGUGUCGUCGCCGAUAAAUUAGCUGUUGAAGGGUGGCCUUUUGUUAUUUUUGUUGAUGGCCCUUUUGACCCAAAUAAAAUUUGGCUUAGCGGUCCAGCAUUGAGUCCAACUAUUCAAACACGUCAAAAAACUAAUUUUUCAAUUGAUGUUCACAACAUUCCAAAACCAAAGCAUGUUCAGGUUGUUGUGGUUGGACCAGAAGGGGAACAAGUACCUGUAGAGGUUGAUUUGAAAACUUUGUCUGUCUACAACGCUCGUUAUGAACCGAUGAAUGCUGGAGUCCACAAAAUUUAUUUGACUGUGAAUGACCAGCAAAUAUUUGAAAUUCCUGUGAAUGCUGUUGAAUAUGAUACAGAAGAAAUAUUGGAAGAAGAAAGUGGAGAUGAACAGUUACUUUAUUAUUCGCCGGAAAUGGGUGAUGAAAGGCGUUCUAGAAAGGAGAAACAAUUAAUUUCAAAUGUUGGGGCAAGAGUUGCAAGUGAAAUACCUGAGCCUGUUAUCGGACUUUCUACAGCUAUUGUCUUUACAGCUCCAGGUCAACACAUUUCUGAUUUAUCUGUUCAUGUACACGGACCAAGCGGCGACUUAAAGCAUGACGUAAAGAUGGAGCAAAUUGAAAGAGAGAAAUUCCGAGUCAGCUUUGUACCGCAUCAAAGCGGUUUACAUACAAUUGAAUUAAGAAAUCAGAACGGAGAAAUUUAUGGUUCGCCUUACAAAAUCCCGGUGGCUUUACUUGGUACACAACGUGCUUUUAUGGCGUGGGCUGAUGGUCCAGGAUUGGCUGUAGGCGUAGUUGGACGCCCAAACCCUUUUACCGUUUGGAAUGCUAUGAAUUUGGGAGGUGGGGAAUUGACUGUGUCUAUUGAUGGGCCUGGAAAGGCUGAGGUUGGAACAGUACAACAUCCAAACGAAAGCAAUUAUCAAGUCGAAUACACAGUCCAGUCACCCGGCCUUUACACGAUUAGUGUUCUUUUCAACGAUGCCCCGAUUGGUGGAUCACCUUUUAAAGUCUUUGUCAAACCCCAAACAGUCGAGACGUUAUCAAAAACAUACAGUCCUCCUACCUCGCCAGCAUCUGAACAACAACAUUAUGAUUAUUUGCAAAUUAGUAAUAGAACGGAGAGCUCACCAAAAAGUGCUGAACAAAAUAGUGCUUCUGAAUCUUAUGAUGAUGAUCAUCUUCUUUCGCCUUCUCGGAAUAAAUUUGGACAAGGAGAUUAUAGCAAUUUAAGUUCACCCCGACAAAAUGAAUAUGAAGGGGAUCAUCGUUUGGUACGGGCUAGCGGUGCAGGCUUAUCAAGUUUUACGCCAAGAAAGGCAAAUGAAUUUGUUGUGGAUACGUCUGCGACAGGAAUGAAUGCUUUAUUUGUUGGUGCUGUUACACCACAUGGUCCAACAGAUGAACUUAGUGUUAGUCACAGCGGUGGAGGAAAAUUUGUAGUUAAAUAUACAAUUCCUCAUGAUACUGAAGCAUUAAUUUUUGUUAAAUAUGGAGAUGGUCAAAUUCCUGGAUCUCCUUUUCCUGUUCGUCCUGCACAUGAAAAUGGAGGUGGAAAAGAAUAUAAUGAUCGAAUAUGA